CUUGUUCUUCCUUGUCCUUGCAGAGCUCUGCCACCAAUCCAGGGACCAACAUGACUGACUCCAAGUAUUUCACCACCACCAAGAAAGGGGAGAUCUUUGAGCUGAAGGCAGAGCUCAAUAGUGACAAGAAGGAAAAGAAGAAGGAGGCCGUGAAGAAAGUGAUUGCGUCCAUGACCGUGGGCAAAGAUGUCAGCGCCCUCUUCCCUGAUGUGGUGAACUGUAUGCAGACCGACAACCUCGAGCUGAAGAAGCUGGUGUACCUGUACCUGAUGAAUUAUGCCAAAAGCCAGCCGGACAUGGCCAUCAUGGCCGUCAACACCUUUGUGAAGGACUGCGAGGACCCCAACCCCCUGAUCCGGGCCCUGGCCGUGCGGACCAUGGGCUGCAUCCGAGUGGACAAGAUCACAGAGUAUCUGUGCGAGCCUCUCCGCAAGUGCCUGAAGGACGAGGACCCUUACGUGCGCAAGACGGCUGCCGUGUGCGUGGCCAAGCUGCACGACAUCAAUGCCCAGCUGGUGGAGGACCAGGGCUUCCUAGACACCCUGAAGGACCUCAUCUCGGACUCCAACCCCAUGGUGGUAGCCAACGCCGUGGCCGCCCUCUCGGAGAUAGCCGAGUCUCACCCCAGCAGCAACCUCCUGGACCUGAACCCGCAGUCGAUCAACAAGCUGCUGACGGCCCUGAACGAGUGCACCGAGUGGGGGCAGAUCUUCAUCCUGGACUGCCUGGCUAACUACAUGCCCAAGGACGACCGGGAAGCCCAGAGCAUCUGCGAGCGUGUGACCCCCCGGCUCUCUCACGCCAACUCCGCCGUGGUGCUGUCGGCAGUGAAGGUGCUGAUGAAGUUCAUGGAGAUGCUCUCCAAGGACCUGGACUACUACAGCACCCUGCUCAAGAAGCUGGCCCCUCCCCUGGUCACCCUGCUGUCGGCUGAGCCCGAGCUGCAGUACGUGGCCCUGCGCAACAUCAACCUCAUCGUGCAGAAAAGGCCCGAGAUCCUAAAACACGAGAUGAAGGUCUUUUUCGUCAAGUACAACGAUCCCAUCUACGUGAAGCUGGAGAAACUGGACAUCAUGAUCCGCUUGGCCUCCCAGGCCAACAUUGCUCAGGUGUUGGCGGAGCUGAAGGAGUACGCCACGGAAGUGGACGUGGACUUUGUGCGCAAGGCCGUCCGCGCCAUCGGCCGCUGUGCCAUCAAGGUGGAACAAUCUGCCGAGCGCUGUGUGAGCACGCUGCUGGACCUGAUCCAGACCAAGGUCAACUACGUGGUGCAGGAGGCCAUUGUGGUGAUCAAGGACAUCUUCCGCAAGUACCCCAACAAGUAUGAGAGCGUGAUCGCCACCCUGUGCGAGAACCUGGACUCCUUGGAUGAGCCCGAGGCGCGGGCAGCCAUGAUCUGGAUCGUGGGCGAGUACGCCGAGCGCAUUGACAAUGCCGACGAGCUCCUGGAGAGCUUCCUGGAGGGCUUCCACGACGAGAGCACGCAGGUCCAACUCCAGUUGCUGACGGCGAUUGUGAAACUCUUCCUGAAGAAGCCAACAGAGACCCAGGAGCUGGUGCAGCAGGUCCUCAGCCUGGCCACCCAGGACUCCGACAACCCGGAUCUGCGCGACCGCGGCUACAUCUACUGGCGCCUGCUGUCCACAGACCCCGUGGCGGCCAAGGAGGUGGUGCUGGCCGAGAAGCCUCUGAUCUCGGAGGAGACCGACCUCAUUGAGCCCACGCUGCUCGAUGAGCUCAUCUGCUACAUUGGGACGCUGGCCUCGGUCUACCACAAGCCCCCCAGCGCCUUUGUGGAGGGCAGCCGGGGGGUGGUGCAUAAGAGCCUGCCCCCACGCACGGGCUCGAGUGAGAGUGCCGAGAGUCCGGAGACUGCCCCCACGGGCGCCCCCCCCAGCGAGCAGCCAGCCGUCAUCCCUGCCCAGGGCGACCUCCUCGGCGACCUGCUCAACCUGGACCUGGGACCCCCCGUCAGCGGGCCCCCGCUGACCACCGCCCCUGUCCAGAUGGGGGCCGUGGACCUGCUUGGGGGAGGUCUGGACAGCCUGAUGGGGGACGAGUCUGAAGGGCCUAGAGGUGAUGUGAGUGGCAGCCCUGCAAUGGGCGGUGCCAACUUUGCUGCCCCUCCCGCAGGAACCAUGCCGGCCAACCUGGGCGCCCCCCUUGGCGGUGGCUUGGGAGAUCUCUUUGACUUGGCCGGGGGCGUGGGAACUCUGUCGGGCUCCUACGUGGCUCCGAAAGCGGUCUGGCUGCCCGCCAUGAAAGCCAAAGGCCUGGAGAUCUCGGGGACUUUCAGCCGUCAGGUGGGCUCCAUCUCCAUGGACCUCCUGCUGACCAACAAGGCCCUGCAGGUCAUGUCCGAUUUUGCCAUCCAGUUUAACCGCAACAGCUUCGGCCUGGCCCCCGCAGCCCCCCUCCAGGUCCACGCCCCUCUCAGCCCAAACCAGACGGUGGAGAUCUCCCUCCCCCUCAAUACCGUGGGCUCCGUCAUGAAGAUGGACCCUCUGAACAAUCUCCAGGUGGCUGUGAAGAACAACAUCGAUGUUUUCUACUUCAGCACCUUGUAUCCGCUGCACAUCCUCUUUGUGGAAGAUGGAAAGAUGGAGCGGCAGAUGUUCCUGGCCACAUGGAAGGACAUUCCCAAUGAGAACGAGGCCCAGUUCCAGAUCAAAGAUUGUCCCCUCAACGCAGAGGCCGUGAGCAGCAAGCUGCAGGGCAGCAACAUCUUCACCAUCGCCAAGAGGAACGUGGAGGGCCAGGACAUGCUCUACCAGUCCUUGAAGCUCACCAACGGCAUCUGGGUCCUGGCUGAGCUCCGUGUCCAGCCCGGCAACCCCACCUUCACGCUGUCCCUGAAGUGCAGAGCCCCGGAGGUGUCUCAGCAUGUCUACCAGGCCUAUGAAACGAUCCUCAAGAACUGACGGCCCUCCCUCCCCCUGCCCCUCCCAGCCCUCCUCCCCCAGGGCCAGGGGCCCCCCGAGAUCCACCCACGGGGGGCCCAGGAUGCUAGUUCUGCUCAGGCUUCCCAGGGAAGGGCCUGGGGCCCGGGGCCAGAGGGUGGGACUCCCCCGGGAUGAACGGGGGGCUCUGGGCGGGACCACUGCUCUCCCUGGCCGGGCCCAGACUCCCUGGGACGACCCUUUGUCUCCUGGCCCCAUCAGCCAGCCAGUGUAUGGAGGGAGCUCCUGCUUCCCUGGGGGCAGGGGGAGAGGAGGAGGGCACCUCGAUCCAAGGUGGCAGCCGCCACACCUGUCCCCCCUCUUUGGCGGUCCAUCUGCCCGGGCCCCAGAGGGGUCUCGGGGGGCCCUAGAAGCCGGGCACUCGGACUGCCACUUGACCCCCCCCCCCCCUCCUCUUGCCUUCUUCAGAUCCCACCCCAGUGCUCGAGGCGCCCCCCGGGGAGCUGCAGCAGCCGUCUCCCUUCUCCCCAGGGGGGCCGCCUGGGCCCGGGCUGGGCUUGUGCGGGUCUGGGGAGCAGGGCCGGGCUCUGCCCGCUUGGGUGUGAGCUCGGCCAGUGGCUCCCACUGGAGCCGGGAUGGGGGGGGUGGGGGGUCCUGCUGUUUGUUAAUAAAGAAUUAUCGCUUUGGGCAUCCAGUGACACUAAUUUUUUUCUCCCCAACCGCCCCCCCCCCCCCAAUAAAGACAGUUGAGCUAAAUUCUUCCCGAAGGUGGGUGUGCUCUCCAGCCCUUGCAGUAAAUGUAUCUAAUAUAUAUAAAUAAGAGGUAUAUAUAUUGUAUGUUUACUCGUGUUUUCAGAAAGAGAGAAACAAUAAAAGUGACAUCUU